GUGAAUACAGCACGAAGAAGAGAUAAACAUGAAUCAGCCAGAGAAGUAGCAUGGGAAUAUGUCAUGUGGUGAACGCACGUUCAAUUUUUACCUACAGAACCGAGGUCACUUCAAACUAUAUGUAUCACAGUUUCAACAUCAACGCAACAACAGCAAUCAGCACCGCUUUAGUUCAAGAGUUUAACAAUUGAAUCCAUGAUUGGCUCAACACAGCCAGGGUUCGGAUGCUAGGUUUUUGUCCCAAUCCCUGUUUCCAAUGUCUCGUCCAACACAGACUAGAAACGCAGCUCUACGGGAAUCCAUGGAUCAACUGUGCCAAAAUGGAAUACUGAGUGUAUUAUUGUGCAUGAUUAUAUAUGGUUCUGUGGCGAGAGUUUCGGUGGACUCAUCCGCCUUCAAUAUCGGGAUAAUUUGGACAAAUGGUUGCGAUGCUAAUUUCACCGAAAAAGUCAAUUCAUCCGUUGCGGAUGUUUUUGUCGGUGUCCAAAAGGAUAUCCUUGGGAAUGGAAUAGAUUUGACCUUCACGCCCUAUUUGUUUUGUACGGAGCAAAAUGCUUUGACUCAUAUAGGUGAUGCAUUUAACGCAACUAUCCCACAUGCUCUAAUAGGCAUAUCCUCGUAUAGUCUCCACAAGUCUUUCUUUACUUUUUCUGAAGUGUAUAAAAAAACCUACAUAGCAUCAGAUUUUUUUAUUCCAACACGGUUCAGUAGCUACGCGUUUUCGAUGGUGAAUGAUUUCCGCCAGACAUCCCUUGUGAUGGUGGAUAUUCUGGAUUAUUUCCAGUGGGAAACUGUGGCCAUAGUGGUGUCCGAGAUGGAGUAUUGGCAGGAUCUGGCAACGGAAAUGUUUAUACAACUAAAUAUCAAUAACUUUGAUGCAAAAAAGAAGUUUUCCUUAUCAUCUGACUCAAAUAUGGAAUCUGUUGUGGACAUGAUCACCGACAGUGACAAGGUUGUGGUUUUGUGCUUAGACUUACAAGAUCAAGAGCACUUCCUGACGACAGCAGCCCGGAUGAAACGUAGCACCAAACAUGCCUUUUUCACAUUUACCUCCUCUUCUUUCAAUAUCCAGUUGGGUAGUUUUCUUGCCUACACAGUGAAUGAGAUAAGAAAUGCAAGUUUUUAUUAUGAAGACAUAAACAUUUUAGAAAAUGUUCUUGUAGUGUCAGCAGAACUACCUUCAAAUUCUUCCACAACGCUAAAACAUAAUAAAACGGAUUUUGCAGACCCAGCAGAAAAUAGUUUCCAAUCUGUAACUAGCGCCCUGCUUCUCCUUGGUCAUAUGAUCAAACAAUAUCUUGAUUCCAAAGACAAGAUUUACACAGAUCUUUUCCAAAUUGCGUCUCGUGUGAAAAAUGUGACCUUUGAGGCAAAUGGACGUCAAGUGAUUGUUGACCAGGAUGGUCGAACACUUUACAACUAUCUAAUGUACGAUCUAAAUAUUGAUGAUGGCAAAUUUUCACCCAAACUCUCCAUGAUUGCCACUAGUGCAUUGACGUGGUCUCUUAGGUACAAUGAUACCUUAAACUGGCCAGGUGGUAUUAUUUUGCCUGACCAGUGCUUUAAGAAGGAUAUAUCUUGCCGACUUCAACAAACUGGUCCAGAGACCCUGUAUGUUAUCGUCAUUUUUUCCGCUGGUCUAGGAGUAAUCAUCCUUGUCAUUAUCAUUGUUAUGGUAUUCAGGCGCUACUGGGCCAGGAAGGAGUUAACGAAAGGUCCUCACAAGCUCCUUCUGAACUCAACUGAUCUGACAUUCCUUUUGAAGAAAGACAAAGGCAAAGGAUCCCGAAUGAUGAAGAGCACCAUGUUUGACAAACCUGAUUUAGUAAAAGCAUCUGAGCCCAAUAGGUCAACAGUCAGUAUUAACGAACUGAGUGAUUACACAGAGACUGCUAGAUACAACGGGGAUCUGGUGCAUGUAAAGGACUUGCGUAUAAAAGGUUUUGAAGUCAAGAACAAGAUUAUGACCCACGUCAGAAGUCUGCGGGAUAUGCGACAUGAGAACUUGAAUCCUUGUGUAGGAUUGUUGGUGGAUCCAGUCAAGUCUUCCCUCGUGAUGGAAUACUGCAGCAGAGGCAGCUUAGAGGAUGUUAUCCACAACGAAGAUAUAAAGCUGGACUGGGAUUUCAAGUUGUCGCUGCUUUCUGAUUUAGUCCGAGGAUUGCGAUACAUUCAUGGAUCACCUAUUCGAUGUCACGGGAAUCUAAAAUCACGUAACUGUGUGAUUGACAGUCGUUGGCAGUUGCGCAUAACAGACUAUGGUCUUCCAGGUUUCUUCACUGCAUUAAAACAAAUUCGAACAGACUUGGAGCCAUAUGAUCUAUUGUGGACGUGUCCAGAACAUCUUCGUGAUCCGAUUCUAAUGACCAAAGGAAACGAAAAGGCAGAUAUAUUCAGUCUCGGAAUCAUUAUGCAGGAGGUAGCUCUUAGGAGUGAGCCCUACAGCUCAACUGGACUAACACCAGAGGCCAUAAUAGCGAAAGUAAAGAAGCCACCACCCCUCAUCCGCCCAUCCGUUUCUCCGCAAGCUGUUCCACCACAGUAUAUCCAAAUAAUGAAACAGGCUUGGUCUGAAAUGCCAGAAAUGAGACCAACAAUAGAGGAAGUGUAUGACCAGUUCAAGAAAAUAACAGGAGGAAAAAAGGCCAACAUUGUUGACACCAUGUUUCACAUGCUGGAAAAAUAUUCCAAUGACUUGGAAGAAAUUGUAGCAGAGAGAACAACCCAGCUGGAAGAGGAGAAGAAAAAAACUGAUCAACUUUUGUUCAGGAUGUUACCUCCGACUGUAGCAGAAAGCUUAAAAUUAGGACGUCCAGUUGAAGCAGAGACAUUUGAAGAAACAACUAUCUACUUCAGUGACAUUGUAGGUUUCACCACUAUUUCAGCCAUGAGCACCCCUAUGCAAGUUGUGGACCUACUAAAUGAUCUCUACACAAUGUUUGAUGCCACAAUAGAUAACUAUGAUGUCUAUAAGGUGGAAACAAUAGGAGAUGCUUACAUGGUAUCAAGUGGACUGCCAGUGAGGAACGGUAACAGGCAUGCUGGAGAAAUCAGUACGAUGGCGCUUGAUCUCCUGAGUCAGUGUGGAAAGUUCACCAUACGUCAUAUGCCUGAUGUUCCUAUGAGAUUAAGAAUUGGAUUACACUCAGGUUCCUGUGUCGCUGGGGUUGUAGGAUUGACAAUGCCGAGAUACUGCUUGUUCGGUGAUACAGUCAACACUGCUUCCAGAAUGGAAUCCACUGGUUCAGCAUUUAGGAUUCAUGUGAGCCAACAGUGUAGAGAUGUCCUUGAUAUUCUUGGGGGCUACCUGCUUCAAUUCAGAGGAGAGACAGAACUUAAGGGUAAAGGCAAAGCCCCAACAUACUGGUUAGUAGGAAAAGAAGGAUUUGACAAAGAAUUACCAGAGCCUCCAGAGCAAGGAUUGGAAUCAGUAGUGCAGAAGGUACGUGUAGUCAGCAAGGAUCAGGAUGUCAAAGCUGAAUCAAGCUGCAACUACAGUGCAACUGCAGAUAGAACGACAUGACCCUGAAGGAAUUAUUCACGAAGCGGAUGCCUUUCGAUUCCAUGAAUGUCAUAUACAUGGGAAUUGCAAUCUCCACAGUGAUACCACAAGGGAAAAAGCCAAAGUUUCAAUGGAUUCAAUAAUGUCAGAAGGCCAU